ACUUCAAUCUACACGCGCUUAUACUAGUGUAUACAUACGAGCAUCGUAUGUUCUAGUACUUUUUACUGAUGAUGUACGUGUUCUCCACGUACAUGAUUGUGUACGUAUUCUAGGUAUUAGUCGGUUGUGUCGAAACCCUAGGAAACAGUUUUAGUAUUUAGAUGCUUUUCUCCAUUUCUCCUGCUUUUUUCUGCUGCGUCUUUUGUUUAUUUUGUUUGCAAUUUGCUGGUGAAUGUGUGAAAGAGGAUAUGCAUUUUUUGAAAUUUGAAUGUUGUUGUUGGGAAAGUCUUUGAAGUAAAAGAAAAACUUGGAAUCAAUUUAGUGGUGUCAUCUCUCCUGCGACAGUACACACGAAGAUGAAUAGCAGCGUCGAUGAACUGAAAGGCUCGCCCUAUCGCCGCCAAAGAGACGAAGAUGUGGAGUCCGGCCGCCGCCGAGGUGGCUAUUCUGACGAGGAUGAGGACGAGAACGGCAAUCCCUUUGAUAUUUUCCGAACCAAGAGCGCCCCAGUAGACCGCUUGAAGCGAUGGAGGCAAGCAGCACUUGUCCUGAAUGCUUCCCGCAGAUUUAGAUAUACUUUGGACUUGAAAAAAGAAGAAGAAAGAAAGCAAUUGAUAGCGAAGAUUAGAACGCAUGCACAAGUCAUACGGGCAGCUGUACUUUUUCAAGAAGCAGGGCGAACUGUUAAUGGUCCUGGAACCCCCAAAAAACUGCCAGCAGCUCCAAGCCCAAAUAGUGAGUUUGAUAUCAGCAUGGAGGAGCUGGUAUCAAUAUCUAGAGAGCAUGAUCUUUCUACACUGCAGCAAUAUGGAGGGGUUAGAGGUGUGGCAGAAAAGUUGAAAACAAAUUUUGAGAAGGGGAUUCUUGGUGAUGAAGCAGAAAUAUUGAAGCGAAGAAGUGAAUUUGGAUCUAACACAUAUCCACGAAAGAAAGGACGGAGUUUUUGGAGGUUUCUUUGGGAAGCUUGUCGAGAUACAACCUUGAUUAUUUUGAUGGUAGCUGCAGCAGCAUCUUUGGCACUAGGCAUUAAAACUGAGGGUAUAAAAGAAGGAUGGUAUGAUGGAGGGAGCAUUGCCUUAGCAGUAAUCAUUGUCAUAGUUGUUACAGCUGUAAGUGACUACAAACAGUCCCUUCAGUUCCAAAGUUUAAAUGAUGAGAAGCAGAACAUACAACUGGAGGUUGUCCGAGGUGGGAGAAGAAUUCCAAUUUCGAUAUUUGAGAUUGUUGUUGGUGAUAUUGUACCUCUAAAGAUUGGUGAUCAGGUGCCUGCUGAUGGACUUGUAAUAUCUGGACACUCUCUUGCACUUGAUGAAUCAAGUAUGACUGGGGAAAGUAAGAUUGUUCAUAAAGAUUCAAAGUCACCAUUUCUGAUGUCUGGGUGUAAAGUUGCAGAUGGCUAUGGUACCAUGCUGGUAUUAAGUGUCGGGAUAAAUACAGAAUGGGGAUUACUGAUGGCUAGCAUUGCAGAGGAUAAUGGGGAAGAAACACCACUGCAGGUCCGUUUAAAUGGUGUGGCAACAUUCAUUGGUAUGGUUGGCCUUAUAGUAGCUUUAGUUGUUCUGCUUGUCCUUAUGAUCAGAUUCUUCACUGGGCACACCAAGGAUCCUCAUUUUAAAGCUGGGCAGACUAAAGUUGGCGAUGCUAUAGAUGGGGCUAUUAAAAUCUUCACUAUAGCAGUUACCAUUGUGGUUGUGGCAGUACCCGAAGGACUUCCCUUAGCUGUCACUCUUACGCUUGCAUAUUCAAUGAGGAAAAUGAUGGCAGAUAAGGCUUUGGUUAGGAGACUCUCUGCCUGUGAAACUAUGGGCUCUGCAACCACCAUUUGCAGUGACAAAACUGGAACACUGACUCUGAAUCAGAUGACUGUUGUUGAUGCAUAUAUUGGUGGAAAACGAAUCAAUCCUCCAGAUGAUAAAUCACAAUUGCCUCAGAAGGUCAUACCUCUACUCCUUGAAGGCAUUGCACAGAAUACAACUGGCAGUGUGUUUGUUUCAGAGGGUGGAGUACCCGAGGUUUCUGGAUCACCAACAGAGAAGGCCAUACUCCAGUUUGGAGUCAAGCUUGGUAUGAAUUUUGAUGCCAUUCGAUCUGAGUCGUCAAUUAUCCAUGCCUUCCCAUUCAACUCAGAGAAGAAGCGAGGUGGUGUUGCUGUGAAACUGGAUUCUGAAGUUCAUAUACAUUGGAAAGGUGCUGCUGAGAUUGUCCUAUCUUGCUGUACACACUACAUUGAUGCAAAUGAUAAUGUGGUGCCUCUGGAUGAAAAUGAGGCAAUAUCCUUCAAAAAGGCAAUUGAAGACAUGGCUACUGAGAGUUUGCGUUGUGUGGCUGUUGCCUAUGUGUCAUAUGACAUGGAUAAAAUUCCUAAAAGUGAAGAAGAAUUGAGUCGAUGGGAAUUGCCAGAGGGAGACUUGAUUUUACUUGCUAUUCUUGGGAUUAAGGAUCCAUGCCGACCUGGUGUAAGAGAUGCAGUUCAGUUAUGCAUCAAGUCUGGUGUUAAGGUUAGGAUGGUCACUGGUGAUAGUAUUCAGACUGCAAAAGCUAUAGCUUUGGAAUGUGGAAUACUUCAGUCAGAUGCUGAUGCUACUGAGCCAAACCUGAUAGAGGGGAAAACCUUCCGUGCAUUAUCCGAAUCUGAUAGACAAGAAGUUGCAGAGAAGAUAUCUGUCAUGGGAAGAUCAUCUCCAAAUGACAAACUCUUACUUGUUCAAGCAUUGAGGAAGAAUGGGCAUGUAGUGGCUGUAACGGGAGAUGGCACUAAUGAUGCUCCUGCACUACAUGAGGCUGAUAUUGGUCUUGCUAUGGGCAUUCAAGGUACUGAGGUUGCCAAGGAAAGUUCAGAUAUCAUCAUAUUGGAUGACAAUUUUGCAUCUGUUGUAAAGGUUGUUCGAUGGGGCAGAUCUGUGUAUGCUAAUAUCCAGAAAUUCAUACAAUUUCAGCUUACUGUAAAUGUUGCAGCUCUUAUAAUUAAUGUGGUAGCAGCAGUUUCUAAUGGUGAUGUCCCAUUAACUGCUGUACAGCUUCUUUGGGUAAAUCUUAUCAUGGACACUUUAGGUGCACUUGCUCUUGCCACAGAACCACCGACCGAUCAUCUAAUGGAAAGACCUCCUGUUGGUCGAAGGGAACCACUCAUAACUAAUAUCAUGUGGAGGAACCUUAUAAUACAGGCUUUGUAUCAAGUUACAGUUCUCUUAGUACUCAACUUCCGCGGUACAAGUAUUUUGAGCUUGGGCAACAGGGACAAUGGUGUUGAAGUGAAGAACACUGUGAUUUUCAACGCAUUUGUUCUCUGCCAGAUUUUCAAUGAAUUCAAUGCACGAAAACCCGAUGAGAUUAAUGUUUUCAGAGGAGUCCAUAGAAACCACUUAUUUGUGUUUAUUAUUACCUUGACUCUGGUGCUUCAGGUUAUAAUUAUCAUGUUUCUUGGAAAAUUCACUUCAACAGUUAGACUUAGCUGGAAAUUCUGGCUUGUGUCUAUUGCUAUUGGCUUUAUCAGCUGGCCUCUAGCUGUGAUUGGGAAGCUGAUACCCGUUCCUGAGAUGCCAUUCACAGAAUCGUUGAAAAGAAAAAGGCGCACACGAAGAUAGAUUGAUUGGUCGGUGCUUGCUAUGGCUACUGGCGUCAAGAGUUUGUUUUCUAACACACCUACCUACCUACCUGCAUCUGCCUCCGUAUCUUAUCCUAUGUUUGAAAUAUACAAAUCUAACAGUCAGUCUAUAAACAUGUGUACAGUACAUAAAACACAACAUAAUAGGUUGCAUCUAAUUGAUGAUCUCUGGCUUACUAAUAUGCCUUCAAAGUUUUAUUUCUGUUCUGGCGGUCUCGUAACAUUGUUGUGAAUCUGGUAUUUCUUAUAUAUGUCAAAAAUAUAACAUAAGCAUGACUUCUUGUUACUUAAUAUUUUAUUGUAUAUUUGAAUUUAAAUUGUAUUUUUUUUUGGUGACGUUAAAUUGUAUUUCUGUUGACACUU